CCAUCGAACACAUGGCGAAUGUAUUGCAGGAAGGGAUCCAACCCAGGGAUCUUGGGACUUGGUGUGGUGCUCAUCCAUUUCUGCAGACCAAGGAUCUUGUUGGUGCUCUGGAUCCACUUGGUCGCCUGGGUGGUGCCACAUCGAUGCUGGUACUCCUUGUUGGAGAACGACACGAUCUUCUCGUUGGCACGCUGUGCCUUGGUCACCUUGACACCGUCUCGCUCCUGGAUGGUUGGUUGACCGGGUGCCCGAAUGACAGCGGUGAAGAUCGAUCACACACCAGGGUCGAUCCCGAUCCAUGUGGUCCGAGAGUCGUCAAUGGGACCGACUCUGGUCUGGAUCUUCUGCUCGGGAGUGAGUGCGCUCGCCUUGUCGUCCUUGUCUGUGGAUUCUGGUUUGGCAUCAGGGUCCUUCUUCUCCAGGAUCUUGUACUUGAGCGUGGUGAUCGAGCACCCGACCCCAUCGGUGGUGAUCUCGCAGCCAAAGAGCUGCUUCCCCUUCUCCCUGGCACCAAAGAGUCUCGGAUCCAGCUUGAAGUUGGUCUGCCAGAAGGUCUCUUGCUUUGUGGUGUCGUUGACCUUGGUCUUCAGGUCGUUCCACUUGAGUCCAGUGCCAGUCUGGUAUCCAAGGAUCUCCCACAAUGCUGUGGUGUCGAGCUUGACAUACUUGGCUCGGGCAUCACAGAGGGGAACCAAGGUGCACUGUGCUCGAGGGGCCUUGAGUCUCUUCUUGGUCUGGGCAAGCCGGUCGGUCAAUCGCUUGAUCCGCUUCGUGUUGAUGGUGAUCUGCUUGCACACCUCCUCGUGCUGGGUCUGGAGUGCUUCGAGUCUGUCAGCCCCGAUGUGGUGGAUGGGUUGA